UCCAACGGAUGCAGUGAUCUGAAACUGGACUCUAUUUAUGUUGACCUAACUAGCUAUUGUUCGCCGGUGGUGCAGACGGCGUAGUGAAAGUCAUGUCCGGCCGAUUUGCUGCGGCGGAAGAGGCGGAGGAGGAGGCCGUCACGGUGGUGUAUCUGCCGGAAGGAUUUCGGACAAGCAACAGUUCCGAAUUUUAUGGAAGCUUAAACAGUGAUGGCAGCAGCAUCAGAUAUGGCCAUAGCAGAAUCACAGGUACCGGCAUAAAAGGGGAAGAAAUUGCAGAAGAUGAAGAAGAAGAGUAUAAAGAAGUGGUAUUCGAGAAGGCAGUCCACAUGAUUCAGACACACACUCCGUACUGUCUUAACUGCAAUACCCAACUAGCUAAGGUUAUUCUACACAGAAAGAACAGAACAACACGGCCGUUUCAUUCUGAUGAUGGCAAUGUUAGCCCUCGUCAACACGGCCAUGUCGCCUUGUCAAUGGAUGCUGCGAUUUCAGCACCAGAAGCGGAAGCCUAUGGUUCCUCAUUCCCUGGUUUUGUCUUUGUUAUUACACUCUCAGAGAUUCUGAAAUCCAUAGUGUACGGAGGCCUGAUGGAGCUGAUAAUGAGCACGGGCGUGUUGUUUUCUGCUGUCGCCUCCGACACCACGACAUUAAACACGCUUAUCAUAGGAUUUGCAACGAUGGUUUGUUGCCUCGUCAUCUUUUGUCAUGAUCUAAUCGCCUUAAAAACCGACGCCUCUUUAGAAUACAUAUCAGAGCAAACCGACCGGUACGAAGAACUACUCGGAAGGAGGAGUAACUUUCUACUCCAUUUAUUUGUCGCCAUACUAUCAUUUCUCAUAUUCGGGCUUAUACCUCCGGUAGUGUACGCCUUCGCCUUCUACAAGAGUGAAAACAAACACAACAAGAUAGUCGCAACCGCGGCAGCUUCUUUUACAUGUGUUCUCAUUCUUGCAACUAUAAAAGGUUGUCUUAAACGGCGGAUCGUUAAGACUACAAUGUACUAUGUUAUUAUAGCGAUUAUUGUCUGCGGGGCUGCCUAUGCUGCCGGGGAUUUGAUCAAAGUGUUGAUGGCGAAGCUCGACAAGUUCGAACCUGCUGCGACUGCAACGGCUAGUUUGUUGGAAAAAGACAUUAUGGCUUUGGGUAGUCUGGCGAGGGGUUCUUGCUGAUUUUGUAGAUGUGUCUUAAGAAUUGAUCAUAUGCACUACUCCUGCCAUCCAUUGUAGUAGAGGGUGUCUUUUUUUAUUUUAUUUUAUUUUUUGGUCUUGAUGUUUUAUUUGAAUAUGGUUUAGAUUGAAUAAAAUUAUGAUUUCCUAUAAUUGUUUUACAGAGAA